CACGCCAGUGUAUCAAGGGAAUAGUCACGUGAUAUAGCACUUCCUCUCUCUAACAGGAAGUAGUUUUGUUUGCAAAAUCAGUUCCUGUUUAUUACUUUGCUUGGAGUGGUGUUGUGCAGGUUUAGCAUUAUGGACGCACACAGCAGUUUGUAGGUUGUCUGCUGCCCAUACUUUAGCAGUCUUCUAAUGAUGCCUACACGAAACAAUAUUUCUGGCGUUAUGCCUAACCCCAAAGUAAAAUAUUCCAAACUUUCUGAUACAGAUGAUGGAUAUAUUGACCUUCAGUUUAAGAAGAGCCCUCCAAAAAUCCCAUACAAAGCUAUAAUUUUGGCAACAGUCUUAUUCCUGAUAGGGACACUACUGAUUGUGAUUGGAUCCUUGUUAUUAGCAGGAUACAUCAGCAAAGCAGGAAAUGAACGAGCAAUCCCUGUUCUAAUCAUUGGAAUAUUGGUGUUUCUGCCUGGAUUUUAUCAUUUACGCAUUGCAUACUAUGCAUCUAAAGGGUACAGAGGAUAUUCCUACGAUGAUAUACCGGACUUUGAUGAUUGAGGCUCUGUCUAUGCUGCAUAAUGGAGGAGAGAAAAAUGAUUAUGCCAUGGAUUAGUUGUGGAGGCACUAGAUGCUUGCACAUCUGGGCAAUAUGAAUGAUUCCUAAAGGUUUUGGAUAAACAUAUAAUUGGAAAUAUAUAUUUAUAUAUAUAUAAUUACACCAUGGAAAUUAUGCUUUGGCAGUCUGUUCAGGCAGAGGAAGCCGUAUUGACUAGCGUCAAUAGAUAUAUAUUUUUUUUCUUUUUUAUUAUAUCUUGUAAAAUAUGUAAAAAGCAAUCAUGGAAGAAUUCUCUUUUGAGCAGAAAAAUAAAAUAAUGGUCUUAAAUUGUCUAGUAAUAUAGUAAGGAACUUGUCAGACAAAUUUGCAAAGGAACGGUUUCUAUUCCUUCGAUUUUAUUUUUUUUAUUGAUUUUUUUUUUUUUUUUUUAAGCUGUAAAGUCCUUUGCUAUCUUUUUGUUUAAACCUACUUGAGCUAUGUGGUUAACCCCUAUAUCAGGGGUAAAUGCAAAGUUUGCAAGUGACAAUAGUACAUACUUAACAUGAUUUAAUGAAUGGGAGCAUAUUAUAGUUGCUGUAAAAUGUCACUUUUAUUAAGAAAAAAACAAUCCUAAUGAUUAUAUUCCCUCAUUUUCAAGAGUAAAUGCAAUUCUCAAAUGUAUUGUAAUAUUUAGUUUGCAAUGAGAAUGUUUUAAAUGAAGUUAUUAAAUGCUUGAUUAUGCACAGUAAAAAAAGAACAACUUUGCAAUAUAA